AAAUUACUAAAAAAAAGAUCCACCACUCACUUUCUCAGCUGAGGUCUUCCUCUCUAAAAUCAAAAUUCUCAGUUCCCUCUUCACUCCAAAUUUAGGGUUUCUCAGUUUCUUCUGAACGUCUCCUCACCUUCCUCGCUUUCGAGAUUCAAGCUUCUGGGUCUAUACUAUUGAACUUUACUACUCAUAGCCUACAUUUCCAAUGUGUCCUGUGGGUAGAGAGGCUUGUGAUGAAGGAUGAAUUACAUUUGUGUUAAUGAUUUGGCUUUUCUUGUCUUUUUUAUGGAAUGAGAUAUUGGGUCUUUGAUGUCUUUGUUGUUCUGAUAUCCGAAAUUUAGCUGAUUCAAGAGGUUUCUUGGUUGAAAAUGGACUGGAAUAAAGAAGAGGCAUGUAGGGCAAAAACAUUAGCAGAGGAUAAGAUGAAGGAAGGUGAUUUUGUUGGGGCUCAGAAGCUUUUGUUGAAGGCUCAGAGUCUCUUUUCAGGUCUUGAGAGUUUACCACAAAUGUUAGCUGUAUGUGAUGUCCAUAAUUCUGCCGAGAAGAAAAUCAACUGUCUUGAAAACUGGUACGGUAUUCUUCAAGUUAUGCAUUUUGCUGACGAUGCUACAAUCAAGAAGCAGGUCAGGAAGCUCGCGUUGCUUCUCCAUCCUGACAAAAACCAGUUCCCCGGUGCUGAGGCUGCUUUCAAGCUGGUUUGGGAUGCUAGCAGAUUUCUCGCUGACAAGGAUAAACGGUCUCAGUAUGAUAUAAGGCGCAGAAUCUAUUUACGGUUGGCUACUAACCAGUUGAAUGCAAACUCUGGUCUACAAUGUGCUGCUACAAACAGUGCCACUGAUACAUUUUGGACAUGUUGUGAGCAUUGUGGCUAUAGGUAUAAAUAUUUGAGAAAGUAUGUGAACAUUCUUCUGAACUGUAACAUUUGUCAAAGAUCCUACAUGGCCUACGACACUGGAUUUAAUGAAGCACCAUCUAAAUCAAACACUGGUCAAAAAGAAGUUCAAAAUCAGGGUCCCUGUAACACAUCCUUGAAUACAAAUGGGGAGUCUAUUGGUGCUCAACCAGGAAGUGUAGCAGCUGAGGUGGAUAAGAAAGGAACUUUCAACAAGAAAUUCAACAAGAGGAAUGGUGGAGGUGAGAGCAAAAAAACUGAAGUAAAAAACUCCAAAAUAGAGACUGAAUUCGUGAGGAAUGAUGAUGAGGAAAAGAUGAAGAGUGCAGCUAAACUACACAAGCCACAUCCUGAGGUUACAGAACCUGAAAUAGGCGCAUCAAAAUCUGUACCUGAUGAGUCAGUUUCAAGGAGUGAUGAAGCACCCUCUACGAGCAAGGACAAGAACAAGAUGAAAAAAGGUGUUGAGGAGAGUAUUAAUGUUGAUGGUUCUGAUUUUAUUAAGGAUAAAGCGUAUUCAAAAGAUAAUAAUAAGAGGAAAUCUCCAAGGAGAAGCCAACAAAGUUCUUACGCUGAGGAGGAGAAAAUCAGUGAUAAUUCCCUAGGCCCUCCAAAAAAAAGGUUAAGAUCAAAUGUCGGAUUGAAAUCUGAACAAACUACAAGAAAAGGAUUAGUAGGUGUUGGAUCAUCUAAACGUUUUGAUUCUGGUGGUGGUUCAUCUGCCCCUUCAUGUGCGUUUAAAAGAAAAGCUAAGAAAUUUGUGGAUUCUGGAUAUCAAGAAAUCUCAUCUGUCAAAGACAAAGAGAGGGAAGUACGUAAAGCAAGUGGAGAAGGGGUGGUUAUGGAAGCAAAGAUUGACAAUAACCACAAUCCUAAUGAAAAUCUUAUUACAGAGGAUUUGCCUGAUCCAGAGUUCAGUAAUUUUGAACUGACAACAAGCUGUUUUGGUGUCAACCAGGUGUGGUCCAUGUACGAUCCGAUUGAUGGUAUGCCUCGGUUGUAUGCUCGGAUAGACAAAGUGUUGGUUCCUGAGUUCAAGUUGUGGAUUACGUGGAUUGACCCGCUUCAGGAUAAUAAAGAUAACUCUAUCCCCAUUGCUUGUGGAAUCUUUCAAGGUGGGGGUUCAGAGGAAGAGAACGAUCACUUAAAAUUUUCUUGUCAGAUGUUUCACUUAACUCGCAACAAUAGCGUUGUCAUAUAUCCAAGAAAGGGAGAAAUUUGGGCAAUUUUCAGAGGCUGGGAUAUCAGUUGGAGUGCUAGCUCAGAAAAUCAUAAACAUCCUUAUGAAUAUGAUUUUGUGGAAGUUUUGUCUAAUUUUAACGAUGAGAAUGGCCUUGGAGUGGGCUUUCUGGGAAAAGUUGAAGGGUUUGUUUCCCUCUUUCGCCAAGAUGCACAGGAUGGAGUUCUCCAACUUCAGAUUCCACCAAGCCAGAUGCUCAGGUUUUCACAUAAAGUCCCAUCAUUCAAAAUGACUGGAAAAGAGAGAGAAGGUGUUCCUCCUGGGUGCUUUGAAUUAGAUCCCGCUGCUUUACCAAAAGAAUUGUUCGAGGUUUAUGAUUCUAAAGUUGAUGUUGGGUUGGAUAGAGAAUUGCCGAAUGGUAAAACUGGUGGUCCUUUUCCUGAAGCUUCCAAGGUUGAAAUGCAGGCAAACACUACCAGAGAGAGCAGUCCAUUUAAAAAGAAACGUCCAAAAGUCCAUGAUAAUCAUGGUUCAUUCUCCAAAGAAUCUGAUGGUAGACGCACUAAUCAUGAAAGGAACUCAGCGAAGGAGUCCAGAAAGAGUGUCAAAGCAGUAGAUGCCUUGAAUCUGCGAAAAUCUCCUCGUCUUUUGAGUGAAACAAACAGUCAAGCAAAUUCAAGGUCAGGCCGACAAAUAGCUGAGAAGAAGAGUGCUAACAAUGGUGAAUCCUGUGGAAAGCCAGGUGGAUUGUCUUUAUCUGGUGAGAAGAUGUCUGAGAAGACUAUCACAAGAAUGAGAAAAACACCUCAGGAUAUACACAAACCGACAGUGAACGUAAAGAAACAUGGAAGAAAUGAUGAGUCAUUGUCUCAGUCCAGGGGUGAUGGUUUGCUGACUCAGUUAAAUGGUAAUAUGAAAAGCUCAGAACCAGAGACUCGCGUGCCAUCUAGUUGCAAAACCGUGAAAGAAAACACUUUUAACUUCGAGAACCAGAGAUCAUGGGACAAAUUCCAGAUUGAUCAAAUAUGGGCUAUUUACAGCAAUGACAAAGGGAGUCCCAGAAAGUAUGCUCAGAUCAAGAAAAUCGACACAAGUCCUGAAUUCAAGUUACAUGUAGCACCUCUAGAGCUGUAUCGCCCUCCAAUACACAUGCCACGCCCAGUGUGCUGUGGCCGCUUCAAGUUGAAAACCGGUAAAGCCGAAGUAUAUGUACCUAGCAGCUUCUCACAUCAGGUUAAAGCUGUCAAGACUAAGAAGAACAGAUUCGAAGUAUACCCAGGGAAGGGUGAGAUCUGGGCUCUGUACAAGAACUGCAACACAAGAGAUUAUACUGAGACGGAAGAACUUGAGAUUGUAGAAGUAGUGGAAACCGACGAGCAGAGGAUACAAGCAAUGACUUUGACUGCUAAAGGGUUUAACAACAAGCCUCUAUACAGAAGGAGUGAAGAGUCAAACGCAAGUUUUAUUGACAUUCCAAAGACUGAAGUGUGUCGAUUCUCGCAUCAGAUUCCUGCGUUUAGACACGAGAGUAGAGCGACACGGUUUGGAGAUGGCCAAUACUGGGAGCUUGACCUUAAAGCAGUUUUGGGUCUCAACUUAAAGAACCCAUAGGUCUCUUCCUCUUUUGUCAAUCGCACAUAUUGGGACAUCAUCUCUGGAAUGCGACACUAAAGUUAGUGUUUUUGGAAGAUCAGACUAUACCGAGACAACAACAUUAGUAAGUUUUGGCAUGUUGGUAAAUAUUAUUGCUCUCAAGUCUUAAGAAAAUAUAAUCAAGUUAAAAAAGAAAGAUUAAGGGGGUGUUAUUGGUUAGUGGAUUUUAAUAGAGUUAAACUCUAACCCAAAUCUAAUGUUAUUCAUUCAUUGAUUUUAAAUCCAUUAUUUAAAUCAAGUGUUAUUAGUUCUUAUACUUACAAUAUCUUCAUUAAAAGACUUUAAAAUUAAGUGUUAUUGGUUUUCAUAUUUCUAAUGUUUAUAU